AUGAACUCGAGGCCCGAAUCGAGGCGCCCUUCGCCAGGCCCUGCCCCCAGGAACCGCUCACCUUUGCCGUCGAGGGACCACUCACCUGGUCCUCGAGUCCCGCUGUCGAGGGAAGCAUCAAAGACCACCCUAAGGGACGACAACGGGUCGGGGCCAAAGUCUCCGCCUCGCGGUCCUGCCGCUCUCCGCGCACCUCCCACAGGGCCAGCUGCUAGUCGCAGCUACUCAAACUCGUCUCACCCAUCUACGCCCGGUGCCAACCGAGCGGACAUCACUAGCCCGAACCCUGCCAACCCACCUGCUGGACCCCGUGGCUACGUUGCUUCUUCCCGAGGUGGUUAUGCCUCUCGAGGUGGACGUGGAAACUGGUCGCAGUCCACGCCGCGCCACAUGAGUAGCGGUCGGGCCACGAGUCCCUCGGGCUCGGGCGGCGCGCCCACGAUUCCCACCGGUCCUCGAGCCUCGUCCGGUGCUGCCUCUUCCACACCAACGCAGGGUCGACCUUUCAACCCACCCACAGGUCCGUCCGCCGGGACUCCAGCACCUCGCCAGUCUCUGGCGCAGUCUCUUCUCGCCACCCUUCCUCCCAUUGUGCCUGGCGGCAAGAUCGACCCAACCAUGAUGCCCAUGGUGCUGGGUGUCACCCGCGAGCUCGAGCCUCACUAUCGCAAACUCCGCGAUGAGGAGGAGAAGUUGCGCGACGAGCUACGUGCGAAGCAGGAACGCCUGCGAAAGAGCCUGUACACGUGGGAUCGUAUGGGGCGUGAAUCCGCCGCCUGGGAAAUGAGGAGCGAUCUGAGCGAGAGGAGCAUGACCAACCUCGCUGGAGAUGGCUCGAGUGGCGCGGCGUUCUAG